UCCUCAGACAUGGAGAGCUGGUAGAAGCGCAGCAGCGGCCGCUCUCCCCCUCCUCGCUCCGGUGGAUGUUGGAUGUACCAUGCGGUCUCCGCGGCUCUGGGCAGCUCUGUGCCUCCUCCUCACCGCCUCCUGCCGGCUGUGCGCGGCCGCCCGACACGGUUGCUUGUUUGAGAAGAAACUGUGUCCCAGAGAUCAGCUGUGCAAUGAUGAUGGCUUGUUUGGACAGUGCCAAGCUCCUUAUCAGGAGCCCAUCCAGUAUCAGGUGUCUGUACCCGUCCUGCACAAACUGCAGGAAGUCCUCAAAGACCUGAUGGUUCAGGGUCUUAACUGGAAGGAUGACAUGACCCAGGCGAUCAUCAGCCAAGAGCUGAGCCACAUUCCCACCAUUGAAACCCGGUCUAAGCUUCAUGAGAAGUCACCCAAACUGUCCUCCAGGCUGCUGGGUCCAAGUCCUCAAAGGGUUCAGGGUCUCCAAGAUCAACCCGACCCCGAGACGAUGCAGCAGUAUGUGGACUACAUGGUACUCGACCCUUCCCGGUCUUCUGUCCACAUGCAGACACCCCUGCUGGACCCGUACACCUACCAUAAGCAGCAGUACGGCUACCAGGAGGAGGAGGAGCGCUCCCUCAACUCUCUGGACGAUAAUCCAGCCUUCCCGCUCCAUCCCUCCUCCUCUCGCUCCAGAUCUCGAGGAAGCCCUCUGGAUCGAGACCGGCAACUCCUCCAGGAUCUGGUGUCCUUUUACCUCACUUCUUCCUCCUCCUCUUCUUCUUCCUCCUCUUCCUCACCUGUUCAGUCGCUUCCCCGCCACAGAGGGGCGGUAGCAGCAGCAGCAGCAGGCCUCCCAUCCUCACUGUCCUCUUCAUCGUCUUCCUCCUUCUUCCCGGAGCUGGACUUCCCCCUGGACUAUGGUGAGGACUACACUUCCCAGGUUGGACAGCAGGAGCCAGCAGAGAAGAAGGCGCAGAAGGAAUACGACACCCUGUCGGGACUGGACGAGCGCUCGCUGCAGAGAUUGGCUCUGCUGCUGGAUCACUACGGCCUCGACAUGAAGGAUUUGUCCCCUGAGCAAAAAGAAGAUCUGCCAGCCGCUCUGAAGCAGCUGCAGCUGGAGAGCUCCUACGCCCAAGAACAGUCCAAAGAUAAAUAUGGGAACAAUGCUGCCACAGGAAAGAAGGUCACAGAGGGUUCAAUGGCCUAUAAAAUGUCCGCCCAGGAGGCUCCACCCUCCAACCCCGAGCCCCGAAAACCAGAGGCAGCCCAGAAGGAGGCGACGCCCACCACGGCAGCCAAUCGGGACAAACUAGGGAAGAAGGAUCCGGUGGGUCAGGUGGAGGAGUUUGGUUACGUCGUCACCAAUCAGAGCCUCCUCAGUCUGAACGACGGGGUGCGACUGCUGGAGCUGCUGUCGGAGAGGAUCGGUCUCUCCACCGACUCCUUCAUCGGCAUCAGUGUGGUCGGCCCUGCGAUCACCUUCAGGAUCAGACCCAACGCCAAGAACCUGACGGCCGCCGAUGUAGCCGACAAAGCCGUUGCAGAGAAGAACUUCCUGGAGUCUGAAACGGGCCUGAAGGUGCUGCAGAGCGGUGUUGGAGAGAGGAAUGAUGGCAAGUCUUUGCCCUUGGCGACCAGAGUCCAGCCCCGCUCUCGCUGGGUGUUUGCGAUGCUGGUGGCCAUGGCCUGCAUUGGUGGCAUCCUGGUGGCAGCCAUGACCAUCACCUGCCUGCGCCACCAUGCGCACCGACUGGCAGCAAAGAAACUGGGCCUGGGACCAGAGGGAGGCAGCUUCAGCCACCAGGAGUACCAGGACCUGUGUCGCCAGCACAUGGCCUCCAAGGGUGCCUUCGGACGCCUUGAAGCUGCUGCCCUGGGCGCUGUGGGAGGAGCAAGUGGAGGAAGUGGAAGUGGAGGAGGAGGAGGAGGUGUUGGGGGAGGCGCAGUGGGAGGCGGAAGUACGGACUCGAGGGUGAGCAGCGUUUCUUCCCAGUUCAGCGACGGAGCCCAGCCAAGCCCCAGCUCCCACAGCAGCACGCCGUCCUGGUGCGAGGAGCCGGCUCAGGCCAACAUGGACAUCUCUACAGGUCACAUGAUACUGGCUUAUAUGGAGGACCACUUGAGGAACAAGGACCGCCUGUUGAAAGAGUGGGAGGCUCUGUGUUCCUACCAGGCUGAGCCCAGCGCCGUCUCUGUGGCUCAGGGUGAUGCCAAUGCGAAGAAGAACCGCUGCCCUGACUCGGUGCCCUACGACCACUCGAGGGUAAAGCUGAAGGCAGAGAUCAACCCUUCACGGUCGGACUACAUCAAUGCCAGCACUAUAAUCGAGCACGACCCCCGAAUGCCAGCCUACAUCGCCACCCAGGGCCCGCUGUCUCACACCAUCUCUGACUUCUGGCAGAUGGUGUGGGAGAAUGGCUGCACUGUGAUCGUGAUGAUGACGGCUCUGGUGGAGGAUGGAGAGAAACAGUGUGAUCGCUACUGGCCUGACGAAGGCUCGUCCCUCUACCACAUCUAUGAGGUGAACUUGGUGUCGGAGCACAUCUGGUGUAAUGACUUCCUGGUGCGCAGUUUCUACCUGAAGAACGUGCAGACGCAGGAGACCCGGACACUCACUCAGUUCCACUUCCUCAGCUGGCCGGCUCAGGGUAUCCCUACCUCUACACGCCCCCUGCUGGACUUCCGCAGGAAGGUGAAUAAGUGCUACCGAGGACGAUCCUGCCCCAUCAUCGUGCACUGCAGUGACGGUACUGGUCGGACUGGGACUUACAUCCUGAUUGACAUGGUUCUGAAUCGCAUGGCUAAGGGCGUUAAAGAGAUCGACAUCGCCGCCACACUGGAGCACGUCCGAGAUCAGAGGCCUGGGAUGGUCCGCACCAAGGACCAGUUUGAGUUUGCGCUGACAGCAGUCGCUGAGGAGGUCAACGCCAUCCUCAAAGCUCUGCCCCAGUGA